ACGCACGCCCACGUGCACCGGGCGCACGGGAGCAGUCGCUGUGGACCUGUGGUGCGGCGGUGCCCAGCCUCUUCUCUUCCCUCCCUCGCGACCCCGCGAGGCCGCCACGCCUAGGGCCCGAGACCUCUCGACCUCCUCGCCUCGCUUCCUCCGCCACCUAGGGUUUUCUACCGCUCGCUCCCCUCCGGCCGCCGCGGCGUGGUGCAGGUGGGCCCGCGCAGGUAGCCCUCAGACCCACCGCCGACUUCCGCCGCCGCGCGCCAUGUCGCUCCUACGGCGGAGGAAGCAGCCGCAGAGGGAGCAGCCGCCGCCGCCGUCUGACGGCAACGGGUCCGACCACGACGAGAAGGACAAUGGAGGGAAGCCGUCCUCCUCCUCCGCGCCGCCGUCGAAGGAGGCGACGAGGCGGACGAAGGCCAAGUGGUCGUGCGUGGACAGCUGCUGCUGGCUGGUCGGGUGCGUCUGCUCAGCGUGGUGGCUGCUGCUCUUCCUCUACAACGCGAUGCCGGCCUCGUUCCCGCAGUACGUCACGGAGGCGAUCACGGGGCCGCUCCCGGACCCGCCCGGGGUCAAGCUGCAGAAGGAGGGGCUGCGUGCGAAGCACCCCGUCGUCUUCGUUCCCGGGAUCGUCACCGGGGGGCUCGAGCUCUGGGAGGGGCACCACUGUGCCGAGGGGCUCUUCCGCAAGCGGCUAUGGGGCGGCACAUUUGGUGACGUAUACAAGAGACCUUUAUGCUGGGUUGAACAUAUGUCAUUGGACAAUGAAACUGGAUUAGACAAACCAGGAAUAAGGGUUAGGCCGGUUACAGGCCUUGUUGCAGCUGACUAUUUCGUCCCUGGAUAUUUUGUUUGGGCAGUUUUAAUUGCCAAUUUAGCUCGAAUUGGAUAUGAAGAAAAGACCAUGUACAUGGCUGCAUAUGAUUGGAGGUUGUCUUUCCAGAACACCGAGGUUCGUGAUCAAACUUUGAGCAGAAUAAAGAGUAACAUUGAACUCCUGGUAGCGACUAAUGGUGGAAACAGGGUGGUGGUGAUCCCACACUCCAUGGGGGUCCUUUAUUUUCUGCAUUUUAUGAAGUGGGUUGAAGCACCUCCUCCCAUGGGAGGCGGCGGCGGUCCAAACUGGUGUGCAAAGCAUAUCAAAGCCGUAAUGAAUAUUGGUGGACCUUUCUUAGGAGUUCCCAAGGCUGUUGCUGGGCUUUUCUCGUCUGAAGCCAAAGAUGUUGCUGUUGCUAGAGCUAUUGCACCUGACGUACUGGACUCCGACUUUCUUGGACUUCAGACUUUGCGCCAUUUGAUGCGUAUGACCCGUACAUGGGAUUCAACAAUGUCAAUGAUCCCUAAAGGUGGUGAUACUAUUUGGGGAGAUUUGGAUUGGUCUCCAGAAGAUGGUUUUGAGUGUAAAACUAAGAAGCACAAAACCAAUGAUUCAGAUGUUUUUAAGGACGUCAAUGGGGAAAAUGUCGAGGUUCAACCAGAGCCUCUUAACUAUGGAAGAUUGAUCUCUUUUGGUAAAGACGUAGCAGAAGCUCCUCCUUCAGAAAUUGAGCAGAUAGAAUUUCGCGAUGCUGUUAAAGGCAGUAAUAUUGCUCUUUCAAAUACGUCAUGCCGGGAUAUCUGGACAGAAUACCACGAAUUAGGGUGGGGUGGGAUAAAGGCAGUUGCAGACUACAAAGUUUACACUGCUAGUUCCAUUAUAGACCUUCUUCACUUUGUUGCUCCAAGGAUGAUGCAGCGUGGAAGUGUUCAUUUUUCAUAUGGAAUUGCUGAUAACUUGGAUGAUCCAAAGUAUGAACAUUACAAAUAUUGGUCAAACCCCUUGGAAACAAAGUUACCAAAUGCUCCUGACACAGAAAUAUUUUCAAUGUACGGAGUAGGCAUUCCUACAGAAAGAGCAUACAUCUAUAAGUUGGCCCCGCAAGCAGAGUGUUAUAUACCUUUUCAGAUUGACACCUCAGCUGAGGGUGGGGAUGGAAAUAGCUGCUUGAAAGGGGGUGUUUACUUAGCUGACGGUGAUGAAACUGUACCAGUUCUUAGUGCAGGUUACAUGUGCGCAAAAGGAUGGCGGGGAAAAACCCGGUUUAACCCCUCCGGCAGUAAGACUUACGUGAGGGAAUAUAGUCAUUCUCCGCCCUCAAAUCUCCUGGAAGGUAGGGGUACUCAGAGUGGUGCGCAUGUUGAUAUUAUGGGGAACUUCGCUUUGAUCGAGGACAUAAUCAGAAUAGCUGCUGGGGCGACUGGUGAGGAACUUGGCGGUGACCGGGUUUAUUCUGAUAUAUUCAAAUGGUCAGAGAAAAUUAAACUGAAACUAUGAUGCAUGGGAAGAUAAAAAAAAGUGUCAGUGAAUUGAGUGCCGAAGUAAUUGCUUGAUUGCAAUUCUGUGAAUUUUGCUUUGACAUUGUAAAUUUUCACACCCCAUUCUUCCCCGUUCCAUGCAUUGCCAGAAUCGAUGUUAUACCAAUAUUUCGGGAAUUGUACGGCACUGUAUAUUAAAAUGUACAGAUUUAAUUUAAGCUUAUCUGCUAGCA